AUGAGGGAAGUACCGAGAUCAGCCACCAAGCCGAAUCAGACAAGUCCGCUCAAGGUGCCGGCUAGGAAUGGCAACGGCAGACCUGUGCGGAGAUAUGGGUUCGCCUGCGCGGGAUGCAGAAGGAAAAAGGCGCGUUGUGAUGGCGCGACACCAGUCUGCCAUAGGUGCCGAGUGAACAACGAAGAAUGCCAUUUCGACAACUUGGAGACCAGAAUUCACCAGCUCGAUUCGCUCAUCUCCCGUCUGCGGAACUCGGAUGAUUCAACACGCUUACAGAUUCUAAGAAAAUACUUUGAUUCCCCUGAAGAUACCCCUUCAUCCCCCGAAGAGCCGAAUACCCCGGACACAUCAGAGGAUAUCCGGCCACAAGAGUGCAAAAACGAAGACCCUGGUGACAUUUUGGAGGAAGUCACCCUUGAUAGCCGGGGAAAUCUUUGUUUCUAUGGUGCCACGAGUUUCUAUCACUGGAGGUUGGAUCCGAAGCGUCACCUAUCACAAUCAUCCAACAUGCCCACCGCGUCGGCGCUGUCGCAGAGCAGGUCCUGCUCAACCCCUUUCCAGUUAGGCCUCUCACCAGGAUACAAAUUUCCUUACUGGGAGGUUUUGGGUAUUUCGGAAGACCGGCUUCAGAAUCUAUUGGAAACAUAUUGGUGUUUUCCGCAUCACCUGCAUCUGGUUUUGUCGCGUCGAAUAUUUCUUCAUGACUUUGUCACGGCAGGUCCCUUUGUUACACCAUUUUUGCUAUGCUCCGUGCUCUCGCAGGCAGCACGCUAUAGUGAGAUGCCCGGAGCGAUGGCUUACGGAGACCAAUUUGCAGCCAAGGCGCUGAGCUUACUUUCGCAAGAGAUUGAAAAAGGAAGUUCAAUCCCAACCAUUCAGGGCCUACUCAUUUUGUCUGCUCGAGAAUGCGCAUGCGGGCGGAUAUCUCAAGGCUGGGUCUAUUCGGGGAUUGGAUUUCGCAUGAUGAAGGACAUGGGUAUUCAUAUUCCGACAAAGAACCUUUCUCAAUUGCCAUAUCAGUUCUCGGAUGAAGAACUUCGCUUGAGACAGCAAAUAUUCUGGAGCUGCUACACUUGGGAUAAGACCAUGAGUUUAUGUCUCGGAAGAGCACCCACUGUCCAAACACAGAUGCCGAUAAUCCAGCCCAAUGAUAUACUGGAUGGGGAAGAAGCGGAAUGUGAGCCUUGGAGAGCAAAUUUUGGCAUGUCUUUGGUAUUGGAGCAGGACCUCAAUAAUCUGUCCAGAACCAACACGAGGUUCUCUGCUUAUUGUGAACUGUGCACUUUGAUAAAUGAUAUACUAACAAAUCUCUACACAUGUUCCCGCUCGCCGAAGGCCAUCGAGUUGGGGUACUUCUCCACGAUGAUUUCCAAGCUAUAUACUUGGGAUCAAUCCUUGCCACCCGAAAUACAUAUACAUACAGAGUCAUCAGAUAUCUCCUGUCCACCUUUGCAUAUUCUUCUCCUCAAUCUUCUUUACCACUCGACAAUUAUCUUGUUGUGUCGCCGAUUCUUUGCCGUGGACCCAGAGCCACAUAAAUUAGCCACCAAGGCUGCCCAGUCAAUCGACACCUUGCUACUUCUUCAUAUCCGUCGGUUCGGUCUCCGCAUCGUGACAUUUCUGGAGAGCUACACUGCAUUUGUCGCCAGUACUGUCAACAUUAUUGAUUUAAGAAGAGGAGCCGACCCUCAUGCGGCAAGAUCCAGACUUUCCCUAAAUCUCGAGGUGCUUCGGAGCGCGACCAGCACUCCUGCCAAUAAGAAUUCCGUUGCGGCUAUUGAGAAUAUUCUCACCCAGAAAGAAGACAAUAGCGUUGGGUCUACACCGUGGGAUGAGGAACUCAACGAGCCACAGUCUUCGGAGACAAUCUCUGACGAGAACCAUGAAUCAUCAAACAGCCGCGGAAUGAUAAAUCAAGGACCUCAGAAGCCUUGGACGCCCAAUUAUUUGACGUCUUUCUCUUUCAUUGGGCAAAACGUCUCAUGCGAUGCCAGGAUGGAAGCUGGUCCAAAUUUAGUACCUGGCAGUUUUUCGGAUUGUGACAAUACGGAUGAAUUCUUAGUUGAUAUCUUCGGUGGAUCUAAUGGAAGUGCGGAUGCGGGAGUGGACUUUACGUUUACAAGUUAUGAUAUUGGGUCAUUCCCUGAAGUUUAAACAAAAGCCGUUCACGCUGCCAUAUAUCUAGCACUUGAAGCAAAUAUAGUUGACACAAAUUAUAAUAUUGGAUCGUUU